CUGCGGAGCGACACGGUGACGCGGCCCUGCGCGGGGAUGCGCCGCGCCAUGGCCCGCGCCGCCGUGGGCGACGACGACUACGGGGAGGACCCGACGGUCAACGAGCUGCAGCGCCUGGCCGCAGGGGUCCUGGGGAUGGAGGAGGCUCUUUUUGUGCCCACGGCCACGAUGGCGAACCUCAUCGCGGUGAUGUGCCACUGCCAGCGCCGGGGCGCUCAGCUGCUCCUGGGCCGGGACGCCCACCUGCACCUCCACGAGCACGGCGGGGCUGCGCAGGUUGCUGGCGUCCACUCCCAGGCGCUGCCGGACCUGCCAGACGGCACCUUCGACCUGGACCAGCUGGAGCUGGCCAUCCGCGAGGCCCACGGCAGCCGGUACCACCCGCGCCCCGAGCUCAUCUGCCUGGAGAACACGCACAGCUCAGCGGGGGGGCGGGCACUGCCCCUCACCUACCUCCAGCAGAUCCGUGGGCUCGCUGACCGCUAUGGGCUGCGGGUGCACAUGGACGGAGCACGGCUGAUGAACGCGGCAGUGGCCCAGCAUGUGAAGCCGGCUCAGAUCACCCAGCACUGCGACUCCGUGUCCCUGUGCUUCUCCAAGGGCUUGGGGGCCCCAGCCGGCGCAGUGCUGGCUGGAUGCAGGGAGUUUGUUGCUGAGGCCUGGCGUGUGCGGAAGCUGCUGGGCGGCGGGAUGCGGCAGGCAGGCGUGCUGGCAGCCGCUGCCCGCCUCGGGCUGGAGCAUGCGGAGGCGACGCUACGCAGAGACCACGACAAUGCCCGACGCUUUGCUGAAGGCAUCCAGGAGCUGAACUCGCCCCUCUUCGCUGUCAGCCUCGCGGCGGUGGAGACAAACAUCGUGAUGGUGAGCAUCAGGGGGGGCUGGCCGUCCCCUGCAGAGCUCUGCGAGCACCUGCGGGCAGUGAGCGAGGAGGAGUUGGCCGAGACCGGCCAGGCUGUCAGCGUCCUGCUGUUCCCCUGGUCGGCACGCACCGUGCGUGCAGUCUGGCACCGCGACGUCUCAGCCCACGACACCGAGCUCGCAAGGAACAAGCUGGAGUUUGUGGCCAGGAAGUGCCAGGAGAAGCUGGCCUUGGGACUGCACCCGACUCCUCCGAGCACGGGGGGAGCCUGAGCAUACCCCCAGCCCCAGCCCGGGCGCAGGUGUCUCCCCCCCUCCGGGUGCUGCAGGCAAGCUGGGGGGCUGGGGCGGCUAUCCCAGGCCUGUCCUAGCAGCCAGUCGCAAAGGGGCUGGGACCAGCCACAGCGUGCUCCAGGCAUGUUCCCAACCAGCUGCAGCACAAGACCCAGCCCCACGCGCAGCCCUGCAAACCAGCGUGAGCCCAGCCCUGGGGAGACCCCAGCCCACCCCCCCAGUGGGAGCACCGCACCUCCCAGGAGGUAGCACUUUCACAGACAUGGCCGAAGGGACAGAGGGGAGCCCACAUCUCACACCGCCACCCAGACCCUUCCGAGCCAGCGUCCCCAUCUCAGUAGUCACCCAGCAAACACAUCCUCAGAGCACCCUCUAGUCCUCUACAGAAGCUCUGCUUCUGUAACUCGGGUCCCGCAGACAGCGCCCCAAAGCAGAGCCAGACACCCCCGCCCCAAAGGCCACAUGCCGUACCGCACAUGUGCAAGGAUGUUGAUAGGGAGACAGAUCCCAAGGGAUUGUCAGGGCACAAA